AUGGCCAGCUCUGGACUGGCCGGGGCUGUGCGGUGUCACCUGAUGGAAUAUCUUGUGUGCUUUUCUUCACUUAGUUAUUUCCAUGAAAAUCAAUAUCCCGAUGAAGCCAAGAGGGAGGAGAUCUCUAACGCCUGCAACGCAGUGGUACAGAAGCCAGGUAAGAAGCUAACGGAGACCGAGCGAGUGACCCCACUGAAGGUGUACAACUGGUUUGCCAACCGCAGGAAGGAGAUCAAGAAGAGAGCAAACAUUGAAGCAGCAAUCCUGGAAACGCAUGGCAUCGAUGUGCAGAGCCCGGGAGCUCAUUCCAACAGCGACGACAUUGAUGGGAGUGAUUUCUGGAGCAGGGCGGUCACUCCCGCUGGCGCUUGGUGCCAGGGGCUCUACCAGCCCGGCGGGACCUCGCCCAAAUAG